AUGUCAUACAGAAAGAGAAACACAGGGAGCGCAUGCAGAUCCCAGGAACCAUCACCACCGUCCAAUCCAACCUGUGUACUUUUCUCCUACCCGGACCGUCCGAUGCUCACCAACUUCAUUCUACAGAACUCUGAUUCAAAUCAAGCUCACACCUUUAGCUUUCGUUGUUGACUGAGCUUCAAGAGAUAACAGAGAGCAGAAGAAGAAGCGGGGAGAGAGAGAGAGAAAGAGGAAAUGGCGGGAACGAGUGGGAGUGGGAGGAGCGAGAGCGAGAAAGAGAAGACCAAGAUGAGGGAGAGGCAGAGGAGGGCCAUCACCACCAAAAUCUUCCACGGCUUGCGCAAGCACGGUGGCUACCGCCUCUCUCCCCGCGGCGACAUCAACGAGGUGCUCCGGCAUCUCGCCACAGAGGCUGGCUGGCUCGUUGAACCCGACGGCACUACCUACCGCCCACCCAACGCUCCUAAUUGCUGCCCGGCUUGUGGAACCCCCAAAGCGACCACUCCAGUGGCAACAACGACACCAACCCCAAGCAGUAGCGUGGUGGUUGGAGGUGGUGAUUGUUCAACCACAGCAUCUCCAAGUCGAUUCCCCGCCUUCAACACCACCACCACCAACACCAGCAGUAUGAGCAUCUACUCGCCAUUGUACAUGUAUGAAGGCGGGCACCCGCAACUGCAGGAAGCCAGGGCCUCGAACAAUACCACUCCUGUUGCUUCGCCUCCGCAUCACCGCCCUUAGAACAUACUUUAUCUUCCUUAAUUCAUAUAGAUUAUAGGUUUGUUCAUCCCAUACUUUGGGUUCGGAUGUGAAAAAGUUAGCAGCAAUGCAGUGUAUAUGCUGUGCUGUGAUGAAAACCCAUUUUCUGCAAUCCAAUUUUCUUCUAUCAUAUGAAUUUACU